CAAGGCUUGCCCGGUCACCUGUCUCAGCUGUCAGCUGUGCUAGAUCUUAAAGAUGGCAGGAAAUAAGUCUUACACUAUAGUAGAAUAUUUCGGUGGAGAAGAUGGCUACCGCUGUGGUUACUGUAAAAGCCAAACGGGAAACUUCUCUCGUGGGAUGUGGUCCCACACCAUGACAGUACAAGACUACCAAGACCUCAUAGAUCGAGGAUGGAGAAGAAGUGGGAAGUAUGUUUACAAACCCAUAAUGCAGAAGACAUGCUGUCCACAGUAUACCAUCAGAUGCCACGCUCUGAAAUUCCAGCCUUCCAAAUCCCACAAGAAAAUCCUGAAGAAGAUGAACAGAUUUAUAUCCAAAGGGGAGCUGCUAAAGGGGCAGGAAGAUUGUGCAGGUGAGCCAAUGGACUCGGUGUGUGAAGAGGCAGGACCACAGGAACUAAGUAAAGUACUUUUAAAGUGCACUGCUCUCACAGACAUUCAGAAGGAUGCUACAGAGUUUCCAUCUACCACAGAAGUUCAGAAGGAGGCAGCAGAUGCCACACCUACAGGCUCGCAAACAUCACAAAAUGAUCCAGUGUAUGUCCCAGGUGGGACAACAACAUCCACAGCUCCCAAACCAGGGAAUGGAGCCGAUCCUAGCCGCCCGCUGUGUAGGAAGGCCAAAGAGUUGAGGAAAGAGCGGCGUCUUCAGAAAGAACAAAUGAGGCAAAAUGGCGACGGUGUUUCUUCCACUGUCUCUCCUACCCAACCCACUCCUAGUCAGAACAACCAAUCAAAAACAUUGGAAGACUUCAUCAGCGAAUCAUUGCCUGAAAACUCUGCUCAUUGCCUUGAGGUGAGGCUAGUGCGCUCCAAUCCCCCUAGCCCGCAGUUCAAAGCUUCUUUCGACGCCUCCUACCAGGUGUACAAACUCUACCAGAUGGCCAUUCACAAGGACCCUCCUGACAAACCCACCGAGAGCCAGUUCAAGAGAUUUCUCUGUGAUUCACCGCUAGAGGCAGAAUACGCUCCAGAUGGGCCUGAGGUGGGCUACGGCUCCUUCCACCAGCAGUACUGGCUGGAUGGACGCAUUGUGGCAGUGGGGGUGAUUGAUAUCCUGCCUACCUGUGUGUCCUCCGUCUACUUGUACUACCAUCCUGACUUUAACUCACUGUCUCUGGGCUCCUACUCUGCUCUCAGGGAGAUCGCUUUUACCAAGCAGCUGCAGAAACAGUCUCCCAAGCUGUCCUACUACUACCUGGGCUUUUACAUUCACUCCUGCCCCAAGAUGCGGUAUAAGGGGCAGUACCGGCCUUCUGACCUCCUGUGCCCAGAAACCUAUGCCUGGGUAUCGAUAGAGCGAUGCAUCCCCCUUCUUGACAACUCCCGCUACGCUCGUUUGACCCAGGAUCCUGAUUCAGGAGAUGCUCGGGCCGUGAGGGAUUUGGGCAGAGCUCUGGUGCUAUACAGACGGACUGUCAUGCCCUAUGCAGCCUACUCCCGCAAACGCAAGGGCUCCAGCGACGAGAUGGAGGUGCAGCAGUACGCCAGCUUGGUUGGCCAGGACUGUGCUGAAAGGAUUUUGCUUUAUCGCUCGUAAACACACCGCAUCAUAUUACCUUUGAAUAAACGUAAAUACAUACUCCCUCAUCUGUUUCUGUAUGUCGCUGUUUAUGAAAGUGCUUUCUGCCGCCUGUCCACGUAGUCUCACCGUGCUUGCCCUCCUGUAUAUGCUGACCAUGCAGCGGCCGAUGGCAAUCUACUGCAUGUAUGGCCUCAUUCACUUAUUCAUUUAUGAGUUAUAUUUUUUUAAUCUGUGAACACUGCACCACUGUUCUGGGUUCAUUCUUUUUUGUGUGCACCAUUUUGAUUUACUACAUGGACAAGUUUAUUAAAUGGUAUUUUUACUUUAUGUAGCAGGGGUGCAAAGGUACACAGAAUUCAGUUUUGUAGGAAACUAUUUGGAAUAGAUUCGGUGUAUUUGCAGUACAGCAGAGAACAGAAAAGAAUGUGUUAUUCUUUUAUUUUCAAAAAACUUUUCCAAAAUUUCAACAAAAAAUUUCAAAAGUUCCUAAUUUGCUGUAACUUUUUUAACAGUUUAAUGCUGCAUAUGGUCAAUGAGAAGAAACUCAAUUAGAAGAUAGCAGCCAGCAGAGUAACUGCAGCUACACUGCUGCCUUUCUCUCUUAUGUCACACCGUGGGACGCAACCAUCUUGAUUGAUAAAAACAAACUGUCAGUUUAAGCUCAACUUGUAAUAAAUUUGCUUUACAUCUGCUAUAGCUGAGGUACAGCAACUGGUGUAAAAAAACAGGUCUAGACAUAAACAGAUGAGCCAAAGAAAAAUUUAUACUGAACAGACUGACUAAUGCAAUCAUAUUCAUGUACCCUUACGCCCCUAUCACAUAUCCUCCCUUUGACUUUUUUUCUUUCUUUUUGGCACCUCUCUUAAUUGUGUAUGCUUCAGUGCUGAUCUGAAAGAGUGUUUGACUGCACCCGGGUUUGUAUCAUCAUCGCCACUGACACUCACUAAGCAUGCUCUUUUUUUCUUUUUUUUUAAUGCCUGGUGAUUAAAACAUUUUCUUUUAUUAUUAUUGUUAUUAUUAUUUGCAUAAACUGCCUCCCAAAAAAAUUCACCUCAGCAAUGUAAAGAUUUUAUCACUUGAGUUCAUGCUUGAGGUCAAGCAAACAAGACAUUGUUUUCAAUACUUUUGAUUUUAAGUGUUGCUUUUCUUUUCCUUUUAAUAUUGACUGUUAUUUUUGAUUAAGUUGAAUAAAGGAGUUACAGCC